AUGGCUUUGGACGAGAUGAAUGGAGCGGGGUCGGAGCCAGAGGAAGGCAGGAACCAGGAGCCGGGUGUCAGCAACACGAGAAACAUCCUGGAGAGUUUCACAGAGAGCCAGGAGGUCCGGGGGCUCAUCGGUAACCUGAAGGGAGUCUGUGGGGAUCUGGUGACUCGAGAAAUGACGAUGGAGAAAUUCAUAGGUAUAAUGGACAAGUACCAGGAGCAACCUCACUUGUUGGAUCACCACUUGGAGUGGAUGAUGAAUUCAUUGUUGGAUAUAGUAUGGGACAAAGGAUCUCCUUCCCUGCUAGUUCACUUGGCUUUUAAAUUUCUUUACAUCAUUACAAAGGUGAGAGGGUACAAACGUUUCCUUCCACUGUUUCCUCAUGAAGUAGCUGAUCUACAGCCUGUUUUGGAUAUGCUUGUAGACCAGAAUCCAAAAGACUCUGAGACUUGGGAAACUCGUUACAUGCUUUUAUUAUGGCUGUCCGUGAUAUGCUUGAUUCCUUUUGAUCUGGCCCGUUUUGAUGGAAGUAUUAUUUCUGAGGAAGGGCAUGCUCGUAUGCCAACAAUGGAUCGUAUACUUCACAUAGCAAAAUGUUACUUGGUUGUCAGCGAUAAGGCUCGAGAUGCAGCUGCUGUGCUGGUUUCAAAAUUUAUUGUACGGCCUGAUGUCCGACAAAAAAGGAUGGCAGACUUCCUGGACUGGACACUUUCCAUGUUAUCUAAAUCCUCCUUCCAGACCAUGGAGGGGACUGUUGUUAUGAAUGGCAUGCUCCAGGCCCUGGCACAGUUAUUUAAACAUGGCAAAAGAGAAGAUUGUUUACCAUACGCUGCUACUGUACUUGAGUGUCUUGAUAACUGCAAGCUGUCAGAAAGUAAUCAGAUGGUUCUUCGCAAGCUAGGGAUGAAACUUGUUCAACGACUUGGUCUGACGUUUGUGAAACCGAAGGUGGCAAAAUGGAGAUACCAGCGUGGCUGUCGGUCUCUGGCUGCCAAUCUGCAAGCUCAGGGUUCAGUUGUGCAGACUCAGAUGAUAACAGUUGCUGCCAUUGAAGCUGACGAUGAAGAGGAAUAUGACAUUCCAGGAGAGAUUGAAAAUGUU